AUGAAGGUAGCCACCCUGAUUCUUGCGCUCGCCAGCGUGGCCUUUGCGACUCCGAUCCAGCGCCGUGAUACGAUUGCCCACUGUGGUGCUGGUCAGGGCGGUGACAUUGAUGUGGACCACAUCAUCUCGCAGGUGCAGAAUGCGCCGCGUGAGAACCGUAGCUCCGGCUACCCUCAUAAGUUCAACAACUACGAGGGUCUGCCCAUGUCGUCGGCGUGUGAUGGCGCCUCGAUGAUGCUUGAGCUGCCUGUCUUUGCGGAUGGCCAUCCGUACGACCUUGAACACGGCGAGAAGCCGGGCGCUGUGCGUGCGAUCUACUCGAUCGACGACAAUGCUCUCUGUGCCAUCGUCGCGCACGACAACGACGACUCGAACUUCCACUCGUGCGCGACGAACUAA